CGCGCGCCCGAGGACCCCGGGCGCGGCGCGGCGGGAAGGCGGGCGUUCAAAGCCGGGCCCGGGAGCGGCGGGCGGCGCGGCGGCGCGAUGCGGCUGCACUGCGAGGUGGAGGUGGUGCGCCGGCAGCUGCCGGCCCUGGGGCUGAGGAACCGGGGCAGGGGCGUCCGGGCCGUGCUGAGCCUCUGUCCGCGGGCGCCCGGGACGCCGCCGCCGCCGCCGCGGGCCCGGCGGCCCGCCUGCCUGCUCGUCUCCACCCUGCGGGACCGGCUCGGGACCCGCUAUGAGCAGCUAAAGGAGAACGUUGAGCAGUUCUUCACCAAAUUUGUGGAUGAGGGGAAAGCCACCGUUCGGUUAAAGGAGCCUCCCGUGGACAUCUGUCUAAGUAAGGCCAACUCCAGCAGUCUAAAGGGUUUUCUUUCAGCCGUGAGACUGGCUCACAGAGGCUGUGAUGUGGAGGCACCGCUUUCAACCCUCACACCGGUGAAGACUUCAGAAUUUGAAAAAUUUAAAACUAAAAUGGUUAUCACAUCCAAAAAGGACUAUCCUCUUAGCAAGAACUUCCCCUGCUCUCUGGAACAUCUUCAGACUUCUUAUUGUGGGCUUGUCCGGGUUGAUAUGCGUAUGCUUUGCUUAAAAAACCUUAGAAAAUUAGACUUGAGUCACAACCAUAUAAAAAAGCUUCCAGCUACAAUUGGAGACCUCAUCCUCCUUCAAGAACUUAACCUGAAUGAUAAUCACUUGGAGUCAUUUAGUGUAGCCUUGUGUCAGUCUACACUCCAGAAGUCACUUCAGAGUUUGGAUCUCAGCAAGAACAAAAUUAAGGCACUGCCUGUGCAGUUUUGCCAACUUCGAGAACUUACAAAUUUAAAACUUGAUGAUAAUGAACUGAUUCGACUUCCUUUCAAGAUGGGACAACUGACAAAUCUGCGUUUUUUGUCAGCGGCUCGAAAUAAGCUUCCGUUUUUGCCUAGUGAAUUUAAAAAUUUAUCCCUUGAGUACUUGGAUCUUUUUGGAAAUACUUUUGAACAACCAAAAGUCCUUCCAGUUAUAAAGCUGCAAAUGCCAUUAACUUUAUUGGAAUCUUCUGCACGAAGCGUAUUAUAUAAUAGGAUUCCAUAUGGCUCUCAUAUCAUUCCUUUCCAUCUUUGCCAAGAUUUGGAUACUGCAAAAACCUGCGUUUGUGGAAGAUUCUGUCUAAGCUGUUUCAUUCAAGGAACUACUACCAUGAACCUGCACUCUGUUUCUCACACUGUGGUCUUAGUGGAUAAUAUGGGUGGUACAGAAGCGCCUGUUGUCUCUUACUUCUGUUCUCUAGCCUGUUAUGUAAACUCCUGUGAUAUGUUAAAGUAGUAGGUAAGAUCACAAAAAGAAAUUCCAUUAGUUACAGAUCAAUUUGGGACUUGCUUAUGGUCUAAAUGUCAAAUUGGAGAAAGGGCAGCUUUUCUUGUGUUUUGUAUACUUGCUUGAGGGGAAGAAUGUGUGUUAGUCUAACAUUUUCCAUCAGUUGACUAUAAAACCUUAAAAUCAUUAAAACCUAAUCGAUUUUAUUGUGGUAUCAACUUUUAACAGUUUAUUGCACUUGUGUUAUUUCAGACUAGUGUUUCCAGAGUGGGUUGUGGGGUUAUCUUUUCAUGUUAAACAGAUAUUGAUCCCAACCACUCUGGUCACAGAAUUUUCUUAUCGAUUUUUGUCUUGUAUUUCAGUUAAAGAAAUUGAGUUUCUGGGAUUCCCCUGGUGGCCCAGUGGCUAAGACUCUGCACUCCCAAUGCAGGGGUCCAGCCCAGGUUCAAUCCCUGGUCAGAGAACUAGAUCCCAUGUGCCACCGCCAAAUAAAUAUUUUUUUAAAACACAAAGAAAUUGAGUUUCUGUAUGCAGAAAAUAUACUUUGGACUAAUAUAGUCUAAACUGUAGUGAAAACUUGUUUGAUAUGAAACUAUAAAAGUUUUUAAGCACUUUUUUCUGUUUCAGGUGUGUUAUUCUAAAUAUAUAUGGAAUUUUAUUUUCACCAAACAUAAAGUAGGAGUUGCUUUGGACAAAUAGACUUGUUUUUACAAGUUUUAUGAUUUUUGUGUGUGUGAAAAAUGAUGCAA